CCCUCACCCCACCUCCCCCCCCGUGGAAAUGGGGCUGCUUCAGGCUGGUGGUGCUGCUGCUGCUCCAGCCUUGGCUUGGGAGGGAUGGCUUGGGGAAGUUUGGCCAGGAAACGUAGCCUGAGGCAGCUUUGCAGCCCCCUCUUUGCUUGUUGCACUUUUUCCAUUUGUUCCUUCGCUUUUUGCAGGCUCUGACUCAGGGAAGAUGUUUUCACCUCCUGUGAGCAGUGGGAAAAAUGGACCAACUUCCUUGGCAAGUGGACAUUUUACUGGCUCAAAUGUAGAAGACAGAACUAGCUCAGGGUCCUGGGGGAAUACAGGACAUCCUAGUCCAUCCAGGAACUAUGGAGAUGGGACUCACUAUGAUCAUAUGGCGAGCAGAGACCUUGGGUCGCAUGACAAUCUCUCUCCUCCCUUUGUCAAUUCCAGAAUACAAAGUAAAACAGAAAGGGGUUCGUACUCGUCGUAUGGAAGAGAUUCCAAUUUACAGGGUUGCCACCAGCAAAGUCUCCUCGGAGGUGAGAUGGAUAUUGGCAACCCCGGAGCGCUCUCCCCCACCAAGCCCGGCUCCCAGUACUAUCAGUAUUCUAGCAAUAACCCCCGGCGGAGGCCUCUCCACAGCACCUCUAUGGAAGUACAAACAAAGAAAGUUCGCAAAGUUCCUCCAGGUUUGCCAUCUUCAGUUUAUGCCCCGUCAGCAAGCACUGCCGACUACAAUAGGGAUUCACCAGGUUAUCCAUCCUCAAAACCAGCAGCCAGCACUUUUCCCAGCUCCUUCUUCAUGCAAGAUGGCCAUCACAGCAGCGACCCGUGGAGCUCCUCCAGCGGGAUGAACCAGCCCGGCUACGGGGGGAUGCUGGGCAACUCUUCCCACAUCCCCCAGUCCAGCAGCUACUGCAGCCUGCACCCGCACGACCGCUUGAGCUACCCAUCACACUCCUCAGCAGACAUCAAUUCCAGUCUUCCUCCGAUGUCCACCUUCCACCGCAGUGGCACAAAUCAUUACAGCGCGUCCUCUUGCACACCCCCUGCCAACGGGACGGACAGUAUCAUGGCAAACAGAGGAAGCGGGGCGGCGGGCAGCUCGCAGACUGGUGAUGCGCUGGGGAAAGCACUUGCCUCUAUCUAUUCUCCAGAUCACACCAACAACAGCUUUUCAUCAAAUCCUUCAACUCCUGUUGGUUCUCCCCCUUCUCUCUCAGCAGGCACAGCUGUUUGGUCUAGAAAUGGAGGUCAAGCGUCAUCAUCUCCCAAUUAUGAAGGUCCCUUACACUCUUUGCAAAGCCGGAUCGAGGACCGCCUGGAGAGGCUGGACGACGCCAUCCACGUCCUGCGUAACCACGCGGUGGGACCGGCCACCGCCAUGCCGGGGGGCCACGCCGACAUGCACGGCUUGAUAGGGCCCUCGCACAACGGGGCCAUGGCCGGGCUGGGCUCCGGUUACGGCACCGGCCUCCUCUCCGCCAACCGGCACUCGCUCAUGGUCGGAGCGCACCGGGAGGACGGGGUCAGUCUCCGCGGCGGCCACUCGCUCGUGCCAAACCAGGUCCCGGUCCCCCAGCUGCCCGUCCAGUCCGCCACAUCCCCGGAUUUGAACCCGCCCCAGGACCCCUACAGGGGCAUGCCCACCGGACUGCAAGGGCAGAGCGUCUCCUCGGGCAGCUCCGAAAUCAAAUCCGACGACGAGGGAGACGAAAACCUCCAGGACACCAAGUCUUCUGAGGACAAGAAACUAGAGGAUGACAAGAAGGAUAUCAAAUCAAUUACUAGGUCAAGAUCUAGCAAUAACGAUGACGAAGACCUGACACCGGAGCAGAAGGCCGAGAGGGAAAAGGAAAGGAGAAUGGCCAACAACGCUCGGGAGCGCCUGCGCGUCCGCGACAUCAACGAGGCUUUCAAGGAGUUGGGCCGGAUGGUGCAGCUCCACCUGAAGAGCGACAAGCCCCAGACCAAGCUCCUGAUCUUACACCAGGCCGUGGCCGUCAUCCUCAGCUUAGAGCAGCAAGUCAGAGAAAGGAACCUGAACCCGAAAGCGGCGUGUCUGAAAAGAAGGGAAGAAGAGAAAGUAUCUUCAGAUCCUCCUCCGCUUUCCCUGGCAGGACCCCACCCUGGGAUGGGAGAUGCCUCCAAUCACAUGGGACAGAUGUAAAAAAAAAAAAAAGAAAAAACGACAAAAAAAAAGGUCCAAGUUGCCACAUUUCUUCAUUUAAAGCAAGAGACCACUUCCUUAACAGCUGUAUUAUCUUAAACCCACAUAAACACUUCUCCUUAACCCCUUUUUUUGUAAUAUAAGACAAGUCUGAGUAGUUAAGAAUCACAGACGCAAGAGAUUUCAGCAUUCCCGAGUAUUAAAACCGAGAGGAAAAAAAAAAAAAAAAGAACAAAAACCACAAAAAAAACACAACCAACCAACCAACAAAACAAAACAAAACCACAAACAAAAAAGUGCAACUUGAGGGACGCGACUCUCUUUAACAUAUCACGCAGAAUGUCUAACGCAGUAUGUUACGAGCUGUAAGUGCACAGCCUAGAGACUGAAUGGCAAUCUUCUCUCUCCACACUGUGGGACAAUGCAUUUGUGCCUAAACUUCUUUUGGAAAAAAGGAAAAAAAAAAAAAAUAUAAUGAAUUUGUAAGUCUGAAAAAAGAAAACAAAAAAAAAAAAAGAAAAAAAAAAAACUAUUUAAUUUAAAAUU